AUGCACGAAUUGACCCCUGGUUCCGGGUCUCGUCUCGACCCUGCAUCGGCAUCUUUUGACGGCAGGGCCUGGGUCAAGGCUUUUCUUCAACUCGCAAAGUCAGACUCCCGGACUGCACCGAUGCGAGUCCUCGGUGUUGCUUUCAAGUCCCUAAAUGUCUUUGGCUGGAGCACCGGCACCGAAAGUCAGAUGACGGUCACCACCCGCAUCACCAGCCUGUUUCAGUCAAUUGCUCAGCUGGCCACAGGAAACAAGCAAAAGCGCCGAAUGGAUAUUCUCCGCGAUUUCGAAGGCAUUGUGGCGGAAGGGGAGCUUCUACUUGUUCUGGGACCUCCAGGUUCAGGCUGUUCGACUCUCCUGAAAACGCUGGCCGGCGAGACCUCUGGGCUACAGGUCGCCCCUGGAUCGUAUAUCAACUUCCGCGGCAUUCCCUCCCGACAAAUUCGAUCGUCACUUCGAGGCGACGUGCUCUACAACGCCGAGGUCGACACCCACCUCGCACACCUGACAGUCGGCGAGACUCUCUCCUUCGCUGCCCGCGCACGAUCUGUGCGCAAUGUUCCAAGCGGCCUUUCAAGAACGCAAGCUGAUGGCAUGAUUCGUGACGUUAUCAUGGCCGUCUUUGGUAUUGCCCAUACCAUCAACACCCGCGUAGGCAACGACUUUGUACGCGGCGUCAGCGGAGGCGAGCGCAAGAGGGUCAGCAUCGCUGAGGCGGCGCUCACCGGGGCCAAGUUCCAGUGCUGGGAUAACUCCACGCGAGGAUUGGAUAGUGCGAAUGCUGUAACGUUCUGCCGCAACUUGAGGGUGCAGUCUGAUCUUUUGGGUGUUGCGGCUGCUGUGGCCAUCUAUCAGGCCCCGCAGUCGGCCUACGAUCUGUUCCACCGCGUCACUGUAUUGAGAUUGAUGGAUAUGAAAGAUUACACCCAAAAUAAAAACGGGUUGCGGAGUACGAAGCUUCGCGCCGCGCCGAGCAAGCCCGAUCCGAGCGUCCCAGCUCAACCUAUAUCAGCUCCUAGCGACCACAAGAGGGCUGACUCUGGGCGCGGCUGGAACAGACUUCUUGCUGAUCCAUAUUUCACCAUCGCCCAGUUGUUCUUCAAUCUCAUCAUGGCGCUCAUCCUUGGAAGCAUGUUCUACAACCUCAAGGAAGACACUUCGAGCUUUUACUAUCGAGGCGGCAUCAUAUUCUUUGCCCUGCUUCUGAACGCCUUCGCGAGCCAGCUCGAAGUGCUCACCGUUUACGAAGAGCGGUCCAUCGUCGAGAAACACAACCGCUACGCCUUCUACCAUCAGUCAACACAAGCUAUUGCUAGUUACCUUAUGGACCUCCCCUACAAGAUGGUAAACAUGUUUAUAUUCAACCUCAUCGUCUACUUCAUGGCCAAUCUUCGUCGAGACCCCGGUCCGUUCUUCUUCUUCUGCCUGACCAGCUUCAUCGUCACGCUCAUCAUGUCGUCCCUCUACCGCACUCUUGCCUGCGUUACGCGAACGUCGCACCAGGCGAUGGUCCCAAGUGCCAUACUCAGUAUCGGCCUUAUGGUGUACACAGGUUUCACUAUCCCAACAAUGUACAUGCGUGGUUGGUCACGCUGGAUGAACUACAUUAACCCUCUAGCUUAUGGUUUUGAGGCUCUAAUGGCAAACGAGUUUCACGAUAUGGAGUUUCCUUGCGAAGGUAUCAUCCCUUACGGAACUGGUUACGAUAUCCUUCCUAGCGACUCCACAGUUUGUCCAGUCGUUGGUGCCUUGCCAGGCAGCGGAACGGUGCAAGGUGACAGAUACAUCAACAUGGCAUUUGCUUACUAUCAUGGGAACAAGUGGAGAAAUAUCGGUAUUCUUAUCACAUUUCUCAUAUUCUUUCUGAGCGCCUACACUACGGCUGCUGAGUUUGCCAAGCCGCCAAAAAGCAAGGGUGAGGUGUUGGUCUUCCCGAAGGGCAAGCUUCCGUCAGAAUCGACCAAAACGGCUGCAGGUGACCUUGAAGGACAACCUAUUGGCCAGACAGCUGUUUCCCAAAAGCCCGCCAGCGAUCGCUCGGCUCCAACCCUAGUAACCGGGACGGCGGUGUUCCAUUGGGAGAAUUUGUCCUAUGACAUCAAGAUUAAGGGUGAAGACCGGCGGAUCCUUGAUCAGGUUGACGGCUGGGUGAAGCCCGGAACAUCUACAGCGCUCAUGGGUGUUUCUGGUGCCGGCAAGACGACCCUUCUCGACGUCCUCGCCACCCGGGUGACUAUGGGCGUCGUCACCGGCGAUACCCUCAUCAACGGCAUCCCGACGGACUCCUCUUUCCAACACCGCGUAGGCUACGUACAGCAGCAAGAUCUCCAUCUCAGCACCGCUACUGUACGCGAGGCUCUCUCCUUCAGCGCUAUUCUUCGCCAGUCCGCUGAAAUCCCCUACUCUGAGAAGCUCGCUUACGUCGAUCAAGUCAUUGAUAUGCUCGACAUGCAAGCUUUUGCCGACGCCGUUAUCGGCGUGCCGGGCGAGGGCCUCAACGUUGAACAGCGGAAACGACUCACUAUUGGUGUGGAACUCGCAGCGAGACCGCAACUGCUCUUAUUCCUCGACGAGCCGACUUCAGGCUUGGAUUCGCAGACUUCAUGGUCGAUUAUACAGCUGAUCAAGAAGUUGACGAGAAGUGGACAGGCAGUUUUAUGCACCAUCCAUCAGCCGUCGGCUAUUCUGUUUGGUGAAUUUGAUCGCCUGUUAUUGCUUGCGCCAGGAGGCAAGACGGUCUAUUUCGGAGAACUGGGAGAUUCGUCCAAGACCCUCAUAGAGUACAUGGAGCGAGGUGGUGCCCCGAAGUGUCCUGCUGAGGCAAACCCAGCUGAAUGGAUGCUCAACGUGAUCAAGCCUUCGACGGACGCCAGCUUCUCUAUUGACUGGCAUCGAAUGUGGCGAAAUUCUCCCGAGUUUGAAGCCGUCAAGCGUGAGUUGAACCGGCUUCGGGCUCUUGAGAAAACCAUGCCAACUCCUAACGAAGACAAUGAGUCCCAACAUCGGGAGUUCGUCACAUCGUUCCAGACACAAUUCUGGCAAGUCUUCGUCCGAACUCACCGACACUUUUGGCGGUCACCCACCUACAUCUGGUCCAAAAUACUGAUGAUAUCUAUUUCGUCCAUCUACCUCGGGUUCAGUUUCAGGGCAGCCAACACGAUGCAAGGCCUGCAAAAUCAACUUUUUGCAAUUUUCAUGUUUCUUGUUCUUUUUGGAAAUCUCAACGAGCAGAUAAUGCCCAUGUUUGUACCACAACGUGAUCUCUUCGAGAUUCGAGAGCGGCCGUCAAAAAUUUACCGCUGGGAUAAGGCCGCUUGGAACACGCUCAUGGCUGUCAUUAUUUUCGUCUGUUGGUAUUAUCCGGUCGGCUUUGUUAUGAACACUUCGCCAGGGGACGAACAUUCCCGCGGUCUCCUCGUGUUCUUCUUCCUCUGGAUGUUUAUGCUGUUCACCAGCACUUUCUCGCACUUUUCAAUUACGUGGAUCCCCACUGCCGACACUGCCGGUGUGUUUGCCAGCCUACUAUGGAUGCUCUGCCUCUGUUUCUGCGGUGUGGGCGUUGCUAAAUCAGACCUUCCUACUUUCUGGACCUUCAUGUACUAUAUUUCCCCCGGAACCUACCUCGUCGGCGGCGUCAUGUCCUCUGCUAUCGCCAACGCAGAGGUUACCUGCGCUGCAAGCGAGAUACUGCGACUUGCACCACCAAGCGGGAUGGACUGCCUUGAGUUUCUUGGUGCCUUUGCUGAGGCUGCGGGCGGAAAUCUUUUGACACCUAACGCGACGGAAACGUGUCUUUACUGUCCCAUCUCGAACACGAAUCAAUUCCUGGCGCGGUACAGUAUCAAAUACGCCACCAGAUGGCGAGACUUUGGCGUCCUGUGGGCAUAUAUUUUAUUCAAUGUCAGCGCAGCCUUGGCACUAUAUUGGGCGUUCAGAAUGCCCAAGGGCAAGGGCACGAAAAGGGGUUAG